UUCGCUUCGCUUCGCACGGCUUAAUCCCUAAGCUCACUUCACCUCUUCCGCCUUCAACUGCAAAGUGCAGGUCAAUCAAUCAUCUCGUCGCGCACCUUCCAUGGCUAUUGCUCGAGCCUUUUGAUCUAGGAAGACACCGGCACCGCAUUGCAAAUAUGAGCUUUGCAUACAGAGGAAACAGAGCAGAUAUUGAGAGUGGAUUUCCAGGAUUUAUACAUGAACGGCCAACUCUGCGUAUCCAUGGCCAUCGGCCUGUUAAUUCCAAUUCUCUGGCUUUUCUCGUAACAGCAGUUCUUUUGCUAUUCAUGGUGUUGAACUCCCAUCAGAUGUCAUCCAACUUCCUGCUAUGGCUUGUUGUUGGUGUCUUUUUGCUGGCUACAAGCCUGCGGAUGUACACUACUUGUCAGCAACUUCAAGCUCAAGCCCGAGCUCAUGCGGCAGCUGCCAGCGGCUUACUUGGCCAUACUGAAUUGCGUGUCCACAUGCCACCAUCAAUAGCAUUUGCUACCAGAGGACGGCUACAAGGAUUGAGGCUCCAGCUUGCUCUGCUUGAUCGUGAAUUUGAUGAUUUAGAUUAUGAUACCUUGAGAGCACUGGACUCUGAAAACGUAUCCACAACUCUUUCUAUGAGUGAGGAGGAGAUAAAUACCCUGCCUGUUCAUAAAUACAAGGCUUCUGGUGUCCAGAGAGAUGGCUCCUCGCUACAGAAAGCAUCAUCCUCUUCGGGCUCUGAGCUGAAGCAAGAGAGCAGAAAUGCGGAUACAAGUAUGAAAGCCCCGGAGGAUGAAUUGACUUGUAGCAUAUGCUUGGAGCAGGUCAACAGAGGCGAGCUUGUUCGUAGCUUGCCAUGUUUGCAUCAGUUCCAUGCUAACUGCAUUGAUCCUUGGCUGCGACAACAAGGCACAUGCCCUGUCUGUAAAUUCAAGCUCGGCGCAGCAUGGCAGGAAAGCAGGGAUAGCGAGUCGGAUGGAUCGGACAUGGUUUAAAGGCUAACCAAUUACGUGUACCUACUUAUGUUAAUAUGUUGAUGUGUAUCAGUUCUAUAAGUCAAUAAAGUUCGUAUUUUAUAUUAGCAUUUGGUAGGAGCUAUGCCCAUGUUGGACUUACAGUAGCUUGCAUAGAUUUAGCAGAAGGCAUACAUAACCCUGGGUGUUACGGGUCAGUCGACGGAUUGAGAACCGCAAUUUGUGCCUUUCGAGUACAAAAUUAAUCACUGUACACUCGAGGAUUACUCAUCAACUACUGUGUAAAUUUGUACUGAGACCAGACUAGUAUGCUUGGAUGUUACAUAUACAAUCGAUCAAUCUGUUUGGUGUAAA